CAAUCUGUGCUGUGCUUGGCUUGAGGAUAAGUGUGGAAAGAGCCUCCGAUGGAUUGUUAGUUUUUCAGGAAUCUCUGAGGCCUGAAGUCGAGCGAUGAGUUUUAUUCUUUGUCAACCUAAUGGGUUAUUUCCAGAUUAUUUACAUCACGAUAUUUCCGUGUAAGUCUGUGCACUUCCUCUCUGAAUCAAGGACAAAGAAACGUGGCCUUCCAUUAAAACUUUCACCAAAUAUUGAGAGAAAACAAUUCUGCCAAGUGCUUUGAAAACAGCUGACGACACCGGAUAAUGUGCUGACUAGCACUAUGGGCAGGCGAUACCCGGGGGCUCACUAUCGUCAAAGCAAUUCAUUUGAUUCCGGUGUGGAAACCUUGGCAGGGUUUAUGGCAAGUAACGGCACGUCAGAUGUUGUGAAUCGGAAUGGGCCUGCCACUCCCCCCAACACCCUACACCUGCGCUCCUCCCACAACGAACUGCUGAAUGCCGAAAUCAAGCACACGGAAGUCAAGAAUAGCACGCCUCCCAAAUGCAGGAAAAAAUAUGCCCUGACCAACAUUCAGACAGCCAUGGGUCUUUCUGACCCUGCAGCCCAACCUUUGCUGGGCAGCAAUUCCUCCAACAUAAAGCUGGUGAAAAAUGGAGAAAACCAGCUUAGAAAAGCAGCAGAGCAAGGGCAGCAGGAUCCCAAUAAAAACCUUGCUGCUCCUACAGUGACUGCAGGCCUAAACAUAACUUCUGAGAAGUUGGAGGGGAAGGAGCUAAGCCAGCAGGAUUCUUCCAGUGGUGAGAUCCUGCCAUCGCAACACCGAAGAACCAAGAGCUUCCUAAAUUACUAUGCAGAUCUUGAGACAUCAGCCAGGGAGGUUGAUCAGAAUUAUGGGGACGGCCAAGUGGCCGGGGAGGAGAAAUUACCUUCACAAUGCAACAGCCAAGCAUCUACCGUGAUGGUUAACGGAGAUGCCUUGCCUCGAAAGCAAAACAAGGCAGCAAGUCCCAAAGAUGGACCGGUAGCAACCAUCUCAUCGAGUCCAGAGACCAAAAAGGAUCAUCCUAAAACUGGUGCCAAGACAGAUUGUGCACUGCACAGGAUUCAGAACCUGGCUCCAAGUGAUGAAGACUCCAGCUGGACCACAUUGUCUCAGGACAGCGCUUCUCUGAGUUCCCCGGAUGAAACAGCAGAUAUAUGGAGUGAUCAUUCAUUUCAGUCAGAUCCUGACUUGCCACCAGGUUGGAAAAAGAUCAGUGAUAUAGCAGGCAUCUAUUACUGGCACAUACCCACAGGAACCACACAAUGGGAACGUCCCAUAUCUGCACCAACAGAUCUUCAGUGCUCACGAAAAGGUUCCCUGAGUUCUAUCACAUCGUCUCCUACUCCCGAAACGGAGAAACAGCCAUGGAGUGAUUUUGCUGUACUGAAUGGGGGAAAGAUUAAUAGUGACAUUUGGAAGGAUCUCCACGCAGCCACCGUGAAUCCGGACCCCAGCUUAAAAGAGUUCGAAGGAGCUACCUUGCGAUACGCCUCCCUGAAGCUCAGAAACGCACCACAGUGUGAUGAAGAUGAUUCCGGUAGCAUCAACAGUGAUCCGGAAGCCAAGUGCUUUGCUGUUCGUUCUCUGGGAUGGGUAGAAAUGGCAGAAGAAGACUUAGCUCCUGGAAAAAGCAGCGUUGCUGUAAACAAUUGCAUUCGGCAGCUCUCUUACUGCAAAAAUGACAUAAGAGAUACCGUCGGCAUUUGGGGAGAGGGAAAAGACAUGUAUCUUAUCCUGGAGAAUGAUAUGCUAAAUUUGGUUGACCCCAUGGAUCGUAGUAUUCUUCAUUCUCAGCCCAUCGUAAGCAUCCGAGUCUGGGGAGUAGGUCGUGAUAAUGGCCGGGACUUUGCUUAUGUAGCAAGAGACAGAGAGACAAGAAUUUUGAAAUGCCACGUGUUUCGAUGUGACACCCCAGCAAAAGCCAUUGCCACGAGCCUCCACGAAAUCUGUUCUAAGAUUAUGGCUGAACGGAAGAAUGCCAAAGCCGUGGCUUGCAACUCAUUACAGGAGCGGACAAAUGUCACCCUCGAUGUUCCCUUGCAAGUAGAUUUUCCAACACCAAAGACUGAGUUGGUCCAGAAAUUUCACGUACAGUACUUGGGCAUGUUACCUGUAACUAAGCCAGUGGGUAUGGACACGCUGAAUGGGGCUAUAGAAAGUUUGACGGAGUCCUCUAACAAAGAAGACUGGAUGCCUGUCACCAUGAACGUUGCUGACGCUACUGUGACAGUCAUCAGCGAUGGAGACGAAGAGGAGAUCGUGGUAGAAUGUCGUGUCCGGUUCUUGUCUUUUAUGGGCGUGGGUAAAGAUAUACAUACAUUUGCCUUCAUUAUGGAUACGGGAAACCAGCAUUUCGAAUGCCACGUUUUCUGGUGUGAGCCCAAUGCUGGCAACGUCUCAGAGGCUGUUCAGGCUGCUUGUAUGCUGCGGUAUCAGAAGUGCCUGGUGGCCCGACCCCUUUCUCAGAAAGUCCGCCCGCCGCCUCCUCCAGCAGACUCCGUGUCCAGGAGAGUCACCGCCAACGUAAAACGCGGGGUCUUGUCCCUGAUUGACACUCUGAAACAGAAGCGUCCUGUGACUGACAUGCCGUGACGGACCUGCGGCGUUCCGAAAAGGUCGCGCAAGAGGUGCAGCGUCUGCGUUCAGAGGGAGGGGACUGGAUGAUGGCCUUCCAUUGAAAUCGUCUUCGUCUUUUAUCCAAAAUAAUAUUAGACAAGCAUGUUCUCACUCUUGCCGCCACCAAGUAAUACGAAAAGAAGCAUGAUUUUUUUCCCCCCGUGAGCUCUGCUCCUCGAGAAGCAGAAGGCCUGCCUUCUGAUUGUACAUAGUAUGAACGUUACUUAAAUUCCCACAUCCGGAAGAAAAGAAUGCAGCCCAUGGGCUCCUCGUCUUUGCCAAGAACGAGUCUGAUGAUCCUCAUCGCUCCCUGAGCACUUUGCCCUCUUUUUUAACAGUGAGAUACAUACCAAGUAUUAGUUACUGGUGUAUUAUUAUACUACUAAUACCAAGCUUCUUAUUUUUUACAAAAGAACAUUCGUAAUUAACCUUCCAUCUUGUGCACCGUAGUAAUAACUUAACCUCGGACCCGUGAGCGUAGGUGUGCUGCAGCGGAGAGACCCUUCGGUGGAGGAAGGCACGGCCCCGCUGGGCUCCAGCAGCCUGUGGCAACCCCGUGCAUGUCUGGGUCCCUGCACAGGCCAGCGUGGAGAAUCCGUCCUUCAUUGUUUCUUUCUAGCACAAAUGUAUAUACAGUGAAGAAGACAGAAGUGUACCGUUGUCACAUAAAAUCUCUCUCUGUG